AUGGGUCGAGGCGUGUUUGCGGGCAAGGCCGCUUUCGCUCAGGCGACUCCCAGUCUGAUGAUCUUUUGCACCAUCUAUGCCCUUGGAAGCAUCUUUUUCGGAUAUGAUGGAGCGUCGUUCGGUGGCGUCCAGGCCAUGGACCCUUUCUUGAAGACGUUUGGCAAGUGGAACAAAGAGAAAGAGGCCUACUAUCUGCCGAGCGAUUUGCAAUCUCUGAUGAACAGUUUACCUCUGAUUGGAAAGUUCCUUGGAACCGUCAUCGUUGGCCCCAUAAUCGAAAGGUUUGUGAGUCUCAAGCCCCGUGGCUCUCCAUGUGAGGAUUGGCUGACAGCCAUACAAGUCCAAGUCACGAGCAAGAAUCCAGCACAGUUCAUUGUGGGCAGAUUCAUGGUCUACACCGCCGUCGGCCUUGUUGAAAAUGUGCGUUUGACCCCCACAUCGCCCUCAACAGCAAUGUGUGCUGACCGUCCUCAGGUUGUUCCGACAUACCAGUCUGAAAUCGCCCCCGGAGCCCUCCGCGGCCUUCGUUCGUUGAUCGCAGGCAUCGUGAACGAGUCCAUGUCCAGAAAGACAGAUAACUCUGGCUGGCAGAUUGCUACAGCUCUGCAGGCCCUCCCUGCUGUUAUUAUUCUCUGCCUGCUCUUCUUCACCCCCAACUCACCUCGUUGGCUCAUCUUUAAUGACCGCUAUGAAGAGGCACUCAAGGUGCUGAGAAUUGCCUGCGCCAUUAUGACCUUCCAACAGCUCACCGGCGUGACGUUUAGCUCUUCCUACGGGCCAACCUUCUACCGCUCUGUCGGUCUUUCAGAUAUGGCUUUUGUCUAUGCGGUGGUCAACAACGCCACAUCCGUCGUGACAGCAAUGAUGGCAAUGGUCUUCCUCGACAUGUUUGGACGUCGAACUCUCGUUAUCCACGGGGGCUGGUCCCAGGGAGCCUUCCUCAUUGCGAUUGCUGCUUUGGGCCGCAUCAAGAACCCAAAUGUUCACGAGAGCAAUGGAAUCGUGGCUGGUAUGCAAUUGUAUACAUGUAUCCUGCAUAUGACUCUCGGCCCUGGUGCCUACAUUACGGCUGCAGAAGUCGGUACCCAGGCUCUUCGUGAAAAGACGAUGGCUGUUUCUACGGCGUUGAAUGUUGUGGUUGGCUUCGUUGUCGUCUUCUGUACGCCCUACCUCCUGCGCGAGAUUGGAUCCGGUCUAGCCUACAUCUGGGGUGGCUUCGCCAUCAUAACUCAAGGCAUGUUGCUUUUUGCUCUUUUUGCAACCUUCGCUAACCAUGACCAGGGCCGAAAUUUGGAAGAGAUCGAUCAACUAUUUGAGGCCAACAUCCCCGCUUGGAAGUUUAAUAAGUAUCAGACCGGAGGUCUCACUCAUGAGCUAGCCGUGCUAGAGAAUGGGGAGACCCCUGGAAAGAUGCUGGAUGAGGAGGCUGAUAUCGAUCGCGUGGAGAAUGCCUGA